GGAGGGAAAGCGCGGGCCGAGGGGGUGUCUUUGCUGGUGACACCAGGCCGCUGCGGGGCCGCGGUUCCGAAGUUGCCCGCAUUCACUCAGAGCAAGGGAGAUGUUGCUCCUAGCGGUCAGCGGCCAGUGGGCCCCCCGGCUGCGGCUCGGCGGCGGCGGGACGAGGAUUAGACCGUGGGCAGCGGCGGCGCUGCGGAGUCGCUGGGCCGCUCGAGAUCCCCGGGAGUCUUCUGGCCUCAACCGCGCGCGCGCAGGCAGCGAUCGGAGCGCACUCGCAGCACCCCCGGGAUCGGCGCGAGGCCUCGCCCUCCGGGCGCCCCGCCGAGAACAGGGAGCUUCUGGUGAAUGUGUUAGAUGUAUUCAUACUUGUGCCCAUCCUGAACGAUCAGAAGAUGGAAGACUGAUUUAUACAGGGAAUAUGGCAAGAGCAGUAUUUGGUGUAAAAUGUUUCUCUUAUUCGACAAGCCUGCUCAGCCUUGCAUUACUCCCAUACAUGUUUGGACAAACUAAUAUUGAAUUUGGAAGUCUGCCUCUGAAAAUUGCGUUUUUUGGUGCUUUGGGAACUUUUACAUUAAUUACUCCUAUGCUGCUUCACUUUAUUACAAAGGGAUAUGUGGUUCGAUUGUACCAUGAAGCCAAGACAGACACUUACACAGCUAUUACUUAUAAUGUUGCUCUUUUAGAAAAGAGAACAGUGUUUCAUCAGAAUGAUGUAAAGGUUCCAGAUAUCAAAAGUAUAUUUACCUCAUUUUAUGCAAAAACAAAAUCAAUGCUUGUUAAUCCAAUGCUUUUUCCACAUCCUCAAGAUUAUAACCAUCUUAUGGGCUAUGACAAGCCUUUUACUUUUGACAUUGAAGAAUCCUAUGAAAAUAAAUAGCAUGGAGAAGAUAAAUGUGACCCUCUUUGCUGUUAUGCACCUAUUCAACUGUAUGCUUUUUGUAUCAUUGUAAGGUAAUAAAUUAUCUUUUUAUUGUUAGUAUCUUACUUUUAAAA